AUGCCGAAUUUUUGUGUUGUUUCAGACAGGAGUACUCAGAAUGAUGAUGGCUUUAUGGCAGACGUAGAACUGAAACACAAAAUGGACAUGGAAGAACUAAAGACGAAAAUCGACUCAGAUGAGAAGGAAAUUGGAAGCCUGACAAAGCUUACAGACAUGCUUAAUUCUGAAAUCAAAAGCUUGAACAAGCGCAUUGAUGAGAAAGAAACCACCGAGAAGAGGGAUGCCAAAACAAUAGAUUUCUUGCUUGGUAUAGCCAGAGAAUGUGGUGUUCAUCUGCUGAAGCCAGGAGCUGUAGACAGGUCUUUCAUGCUGAAGUAUUUUAAGGAGCCCAAAUGGGUGAUCAACGUGACCAUCACCACACCUUUUAUCUCACUAGACAAAUAUGGCUAUGUCUCUGAAACUAGGAACAACGGUACCUUGAUCACGUCUUUCAUUCCAACUAAAAGUAUGAGUGUCCAGCGACAUGUGAGGCGGCACAAAGUUGUAGUAGGUGGCGGAAGCGUCGUUGUCUACGUCCACUUCAGCUUCAACUGA